AUGGAAAACUCCUCAGUUUCGUCGUUGAGUUCCAAGGACGUUUCAUCGGCGAUCUCACUAUACAAUUUAUCGACGGCAGAUGGAAAUGAGAAUAUUACGGCCAGUAGGUCAGGAUUCGAAUCAGAUCAGAUUGAAGACCCACAAGCUUCAGCAAUUUCGAGACCGUUGUCGAGAUCUUCGGUGACGUCGUCAUUAUCUAUGAUCGCCACAAAGGACGGAGUGGAAGGUAGGAAAGUUCACCGAUACGGCAUUCCACAGUAUUCAUUGAAUCUGCUCAAUUCGAUGGCUCAAUCGCAUUUGAAAAAGCAGCUAUACCCAAAGUCACACGAAGAUUCAGGUUUGAACGGUAGUCAGGAUUUUCCCUCAGCACCACCUAUGACACUUAGAGACAAGAUGCGCUUACUGAAUGAUAAAUCAUACUUGCCUCACUUGAGCUCCUCUGUUGAAUCUUUCAAUGACGACAUAAUGGACAUGUCGCUGGAUGACACUCAUGAUUUGAAAGACAGCAAGACAAACUCGCGCUCCUUUUAUGAAAUGAUCAAUAGCGAAGAUGAAAGCAAUCUCAGCACCAUAGGUGACGACGCUUCUUAUCUGCACGAUACAAGAAGCUUGCCUCCCGUAUUGGUGACGGCAAAUUUUGAUGGCACCACAAGGUAA